GUGGCUGAGGCGGUAUAAUUGUACGGUCACUCAGUCGCUCUCGUUUUGUUUUUAUUUGACCAUCGAAGAAAAUCGAAAAUCUGCAAAGAUGCAGAAGUACGACAAAAUGGAGAAAAUAGGCGAGGGCACCUAUGGCACGGUGUUCAAGGGCCGAAACCGGGACACCAUGGAGAUCGUGGCGUUGAAGCGAGUGCGCCUGGACGAGGACGACGAAGGUGUGCCCAGUUCCGCCCUCCGGGAGAUUUGCCUUCUUAAGGAGCUGAAGCACAAGAACAUUGUGCGACUGAUAGACGUCCUGCACUCGGACAAGAAGCUGACCUUGGUCUUUGAGCACUGCGACCAGGACCUGAAAAAGUACUUCGAUAGUCUCAACGGUGAGAUUGACAUGGCUGUGUGCCGCAGUUUCAUGCUGCAGUUGCUCCGAGGCCUAGCAUUCUGCCACAGCCACAACGUCCUGCAUCGCGACCUUAAACCGCAAAACCUACUCAUCAACAAGAACGGAGAACUGAAGCUGGCCGAUUUUGGCCUCGCCCGUGCUUUUGGCAUUCCCGUCAAGUGCUACUCCGCCGAGGUGGUGACCCUAUGGUACAGGCCACCCGACGUUUUGUUUGGGGCCAAGCUGUAUACAACCAGCAUCGAUAUGUGGUCAGCAGGAUGCAUUCUGGCCGAACUGGCAGAUGCUGGACGACCUUUAUUCCCGGGCUCUGAUGUGCUCGAUCAGCUUAUGAAAAUAUUCCGGGUGUUGGGUACCCCCAACGAAGAUUCCUGGCCGGGUGUUUCACACCUCUCCGAUUACGUAGCUCUUCCCUCAUUUCCGGCCAUCACAUCUUGGAGCCAACUAGUGCCCAGACUCAACACUAAAGGUCGUGAUUUAUUGCAGAAACUGUUAGUCUGCCGGCCAAAUCAACGAAUCAGUGCCGAGGCCGCGAUGCAGCAUCCGUAUUUCACGGACAGCACGUCCUCGGGUCACUGAAACGCGGUGGACUUCGCCUUGGAUUAGCCUUAAGCCAAAUACCUAAUCUUGGGCAGCUAUGAAUGUGCGUAGUGUCCCCCCAGGUCUUCGAUUUAUGCCUAAGCAGUAGGUUUCGGUUAUUCUGAGGAACUUUCAAAGCAAUUUUGAAUUUGAUCUAAAAUUUUUGAAUUGCAAUUGCAAUUUUGAAUUUGAUCGAGCUUGAACUAAAAGCUAAAACAAAUUUAAAAAAAUUGUUUUUUUUAAAGAUUGUGUAUUGUGUAAUUCUGAUUCGAAAUGUUUAUUUUGAUUGUAAUAUUUCUCCUAACCGAUAUCUACUGUACGUAGUUGUGUGUGAACCAAAGUAUCUCUGGAUAUAAAUUAUUUUAGGGCCCCAAGCUGGAGGCAGUCAUCUUAAAACUAAGUAUCUUAAGAUCUAUUAAUUCAGAUUUUAUCUAGUUUACUUGUACCAAUAAAACGCCACUUACCUGGA